AUGCAGAAAAACCACCUCCCCUACCUUCACGUACUUGACACCUACCCUGCCACGUUGUUCUCAGCUAACUUGGAACCAGCUCCCGCCAUCAUCACCACUGCUCCGACCAACGAUAUCAAUGCCCCCCGCAAAGUCAAAUCACGAAUGAGCUUGGCUACCGCCAAAUUUCGCCGAUCCAAUGACAUAGCCCGGGAUGGUGACCAGCAAAGCCGACCCAAAAGCCAGAAACAGGCCAGGAAGUCGUUCAAUGAUGUUACAGGGCGGCCUACUAUGGCAGCACUGGAUGAACCGCAAUCUCCGCCGUUAGAUCCACGAACUUCCACUGCAUCCAAUGGUACAUCUUUAACUACCCCAGCUUAUCGCCCAUCUGAGUCCUCGAGGUCCGACGCCAGUUCCACCGACAAUGCUUUCUUAUCGAGCCCUAGUACUACGCCGAAAAAGACCCCGACCUCUUCCAUCUUCCGCUUGAGAAGAGUUAAAAAAGCACCAGAACCUUUGUUCCCUAUGGCACACUUGCCCCAAAAGAGCAAAGCCGGCGCUGUCGCGCACUCAGCAUCCGCAUUGAGCGUAGCUAUCACGCCGCGUCCAGCUUCGUCGCAGAGUGCCACGACCCCCAGAGCAAAUCUCGACGGCACAGAUAGUAGGCAAGGCUCGCAAUCGUCCACAUUUACAGCCCUACAGGCAGCAGAUCGCCGCUCCGGGCAGUCAUCACCCACCAGGAUCAGCGUGUUGCGCGGCCGUUCAUCAACCAUGAGCUCGCUGGGGCGCGACUCUACUGACGAUCAUCUCACACUCCCGCAAGCCAGGACGUCUACAUCAACCGGUAGGAAGAGUUUUGGGGACUUGUUGGGAAUUAGCCGCCUUCGUCAGAAUUCGGAUCUCGCACGCCAAGGAACCACCCCUACUCCACUGACACCAGGCUCCGUCCCUUCCAAUACCAAUUCUUUUCAAUUGAGCCGCGAUACCAUAAGUUUACCGGAAAGAAAGGAUGACGAAUCCGCAACCAAGUAUUUGGAACGGCUAGAAGCUGAUAUCCCACGCGGCAUCAUUGCGGCCAGCGUCGCCAAAAGUACGGACCCGUUCUUCAGCACGGUCUUGCGGAGUUAUAUGAGACGCUUCGGCUUCUUUGGUGAUCCCAUGGAUAUGGCUUUAAGAAAACUUCUCAUGCAAGCUGAGCUUCCCAAGGAAACACAACAAAUCGAUCGUUUUUUGCAGGCCUUCGCAAACAGGUACCAUGAAUGCAAUCCGGGCAUUUACUCCUCGCCUGAUCAAGCCUACUUCAUUGCAUUCUCACUGCUUAUUCUUCACACUGAUGUGUUCAACAAAAACAAUAAGCACAAGAUGCAGAAGGCAGAUUACGUCAAAAACACCCGUGGAGAAGGCAUCUUCGAUGAUAUCCUGGAAUGCUUCUACGAUAAUAUAUCCUACACUCCCUUUAUCCACGUUGAAGAUGAGAUAGACUUGGGCGCCGAUCGAAAAGCAGCUAAUAAGUCGAAGCGAAAGCCUCUGAUACCUGGUCCAGGCGGCGAUACCGCUGCUCGGGCGGCCAAGGAACCUAUCGACCCAUAUACACUCAUUUUUGAGGGCAACCUGGAAGCUUUACGACCGAAUUGGAAAGAUACCAUGUACUUGGUUGACCACUUCAACUAUCUUGGUACAGCAACGUCGCUUAACAUGAACGACCUACAGAAGACCUUUUUUCGCACAGGUGUUCUGCAAAUUGUAUCUGCGAGAUCUCGUCCCGAUGCAUUCAUGUCUGAGAAGACCGCCACCAAUCCUGAAGAGGCUUCACAGGGAAUUGUCGACAUCAAAAUCACGAAAGUCGGCUUACUUUGGCGCAAGGACGCCAAAAAGAGGAAAACUCGCUCCCCUUGGCAAGAAUGGGGCGCGAUUCUCACUGGCGCACAGCUCUACUUUUUUCGCAAUACAAGUUGGGUGAAAAGCCUCGUGCAUCAAUACGAAAAUCACAUCAAAGCCGGACAUGAUGGCAUCCCAAUUACUUUCAACCCUCCCCUUCAUGAGUUUAAACCCGAUGCAUUGAUGUCGACACACGGCGCAGUGGCAUUGCUGGACACAACAUACAAAAAGCAUAAGAAUGCAUUCGUCUAUGUGCCGCAGGAGGGCCUUGACGAGAUUCUUCUUGCGGACAAUGAAGAGGAGCUAAACGACUGGCUAGCUAAGUUAAAUUACGCUGCUGCUUUUAAGACAUCAGGCGUGAAAAUGCGUGGGAUUAUUGGCGGAAACUACGAUGGUCAAGGUAGGAGAGGCAUGAGACGUCUCGAUAGCUCCGAUGGCAUUCAACUUGUCCAAACGCCUACAGGGCCUGUUACGAUAGCGCGGGGCAAGAUUGACUUCAAAAUGGCUGAAGACAUUCAGAUUGCACGCCGCGGAUACAUGCAGGGACGGAUCACCGAGUUGACUCACAAGGUAGAGGAGGCGCAAAAACAGCUCGAGGAGCAGCUACGCAACGCCCGCCAUCUUCAAAUACUCGCACCUGUCCAACCGAGGACACGAGAAAACAUACUUUCCGCGGCGGCUCGCAUAAGCGCGCAGCUCAAGUGGACUCGCAUGCAGAUCUGGAAAGAAACUUGUCACCGAGACAUUUUGCUCCAAGACUUCAAUGAGGAGCGUCCAGCAUCCUCAACCUUAUCGACACCGAACAAUAAACAGGGUUCCGAGCGGGCAGGCUCGCCAACCCCCAAGCCCUCCGUUGUCAGACCAGAGUCGAAAGCGACCGACCAUGGCACCAGCGAAAAUGGCUCUGUCACUCCUACAGAACCAAUCAUCACCCGACUCUCCAGCGUGGUGGACACACCGAAUAACAACGAGGCGCCAAAGGAACCCGAGGGCGAUGCAGUGUCAUUGACGAGGACCCCAGUCUCAAGCCCCAGGUCAAAGAGGACACAGCCGCAAAUUGAAACAGAGCACACGCAGCCACGGAAAUCAAACGACUUGGAAGAUUUGGAUGCCGAGGAGCAAGAUCUCUUGAGGCAGGCAGGGUUGCUUGACAGCCGAAUCAGCAAAGACACUGCUGAUAAGCCAAACACAAUUCUGACUACCGCCGACUCCACGGAUACGCCGGCCGAAGGCGAUAGACUGGAGAGGAAUAAAGUCCGCCGCAGUCUCCAGCGUACUCUUAGAGAGAGUGCAGGCCACCUGUCUCACCACAGGAGCAAGAGAGGAAAGGAGCCAGAUUCUACCCGAUCCGAGGAAACUGGAAGAGAUAGUAUGCUAUCACGUGGCGCGGGUAGUUUUGUUGUUCAUGGCAAGAAAGCUUCCGUCAUUAAUUUGGGCAACGAGAUCCAAAGCAUGUCCAGCGAUGAUAAGAUAAUUGCAUUGAAAGUUCAACAUCAGGGCGACCAACCUCCAUCCCCUAGCCUUAGCUGUGGAGGUGACGAAGACUUUCAUUCUGCUGUUGAGGAAUCAUCGGAAGGUGCUGACUCGCGCGACCGACGGGAAUCCGCAGCAAGCGCGAAUACAGCUACUGCGAUGAGCUUCAGAGAGCUCCACCGCAAGUAUUCGUCAGCACAGGCUGCUAGGAUUGUGUCCGCUGGCGGACGGCUUGUAAUUCCAUCUGAUGGUGAAAGUGAAGCUGCAGUGAGUUUCUCAGAUGGACGGCGGUCCUCCCUACCGCCUAUUGAAACGGAAUCCGAUGAGGACAACGUCGAGUUGAAUAUGAACGGGAACUCAGGGGCAGAGCUGGCGCUCGACCAGAAAACUGGAAAAUUUUCGGAUAGUGACAAUGACAGCGAGGAAGACGAAGAAAAGGAGAAGCUCGGCUCGAACCAAGACUUGGCUAAGCUCGCCAACCAUGUACUGCGAGUGGCGGAUGCGUAG